GCUCAUUCUGCGCCCAUAGAUCCAGAACCUUCAUCCUUCAGUAUGUCCUGGUUGUUCGGUUCCUCCAAGCCCGAGAGCGCUCCCGCCGCCGCAGCUCCCACAGAAUCCGCCCCGGCAGAGAAGCCCAAGCCCUGCUGCGUCUGCAAGACCGAAAAGACCGCCCGCGACGACUGCAUGCUCUUCUCCAAGACCGACGAUCCUACCCAGGAAUGCAAGUCGAUGAUUGAUCAGUACAAGGCCUGCAUGGCCGGGUAUGGAUUCAAGGUCUAGAACCCCGCCGUGGCUGUUGCUCAGGGAGUGGGUUCUGCUGGCAUGUUUCUGGGUUGGGGAGAACUUCCUCAACUCAGCGAUUGUAUAACAAAUGGGUUGUUU